AUGGCCUUAUGGAAGAACAGCACUGACUACUGCUCGUGCGAUGGGAUCACAUGCCAUAGAGCAACCACUUACGUGAUUGGCCUCAACUUCAGUUGCAGUCAGCUCCAAGGAGGCCCCCAUUACAACAGCACCCCCUUUUUGCUCCCUGAUGUUUGGUUCAACCUCUCAGGCUUAAUGGGGGAUCCCAAGAGGUUUGGCAAAUCUUUCAUCACUCUCAUGGUUGAAUCUCUCAAAUCACCAGCUCAAGGGACAGGACAACAAAGCACGCAAUUCGACACUUUCGGCUACUCCUUUGAUAGGAAUCUUGGAUUGUGUGGCCAUGCUUUGCGAAAAGAAUGCGGUAAUGAUCAAGACAAACAGACCUCUCUACUUCCCAUGAAGAAGAAGAGACAGAGUCUGAGUUGCGUCAUUGAUAUGAUUGCAUUGCUUGCUGUUAACAUUAAGAAUUCUUCAGUCUUGGAAACUGCAAUAGGUUACUAUGUUGAAGGUGGUGUUCCAAUGAAGAAAGAUCAUGAAUUCAGAUGGCUUGCACGAAAUCUCACUCAGCUGAGAGAACUUGUUCUUGAUAGUACCGAUAUGUCUGGAGUCUCUCCUAUUUCCCUCACCAACCUCUCUUCGACUCUCACUUCUUUGAGUCUUUCUGAUUGCUCUCUCCAAGGGACAUUCCCCGUAAACAUCUUCUAUCUCCCAAACCUCCGCAGUCUCUCUCUUUUAUGGAAUGUCGAUCUUACGGGCACACUACCCCAGACAAACUGGACCAGUCCCCUUGUCUCGUUGGGUGUAUCAAUGACAAAUUUCCAAGGGUCGAUACCUGCUUCGAUGGGAAAUCUGACAUCCAUGAACUAUUUGGACCUCUCUGUCACUCUGUUGACUGGCCCCAUCCCACCAACACUUGGAAACCUCGAGCAUCUCACCUACUUGGACCUCAGAGCUAACAACCUCACCGGCACCGUGGACUUCAAAAUUGUCAUUGACUUAGCCAAUAAUAAUUUGGAGGGACCACUUCCGAUUCCACCACUCGACUCUGAGUUCUAUUCCACUUCAAACAAUAAGUUUAGUGGAGACAUUCCUCAUCAGCUCUGCAAUGCCACUCAUCUAGAGACUGUCGAGCUGUCCAAUAACAGCUUGACUGGCACCAUUCCUCACUGUUUCAUAAAUAUUACUGCCUCUCUAUCAGUAUUAAACCUCCCAGCAAAUAAGUUUGUUGGUCAGAUACCAAAUAUAUUUUUCGCCGGAAACAAUUUGAGGAUGAUUCACAUAAGUCAAAAUCGACUUGGAGGCAUGUUGCCAGAGUCUUUGGCACAUUGUGAGAAUUUGGAAAUUCUGGAUCUUAGUGAAAAUGAGUUGGAGGGUCGCUUCCCUUAUUGGUUGGAAACACUUCCGAGUUUGCGAAUUUUUUAUCUCUCCAACAACAGCUUUUUGGGUCCAAUGCCAGUCAAGUACAUUACCAACUUGAUAGCCAUGAAGAAUGUAGGGAAAAGCAGUUCGCGGUAUAUGUGUGUGGGAAAUCAUAUUGGGGCAUAUCAAUACUAUCAAGAUUCCAGUUCCAUGGUCAUGAAAGGCAUGGAGAUGGAACUAAUGAAAAUUCUGACCGUGUUUACAACCAUGAACUUCUCAAGGAACUUCUUCGAGGGAGAAAUUACGGAAGCCAUUGGAGAGCUAAAGGCACUCAAGGGGCUAAACCUUUCUCAUAACAAUCUUACGGGGCACCAUUCCUUCUUCCAUUGGAAAUUUGGUUAA